AUGGCAGAAGAAUAUGGUAAUAUUUACACAAUCUGGAUGGGGCCUAAGCCCGUGGUUUUUCUUUCUGGAUUCCAAGCAGUAAAAGAAGGGCUGAUAAACCAAUCAGAAAGCUUCUCUGAGCGACCAAUGACUCCUUUCCUUAGAGUUAUCACAAAAGAAAAAGGUAUUGUGUUUUCAAAUGGCCACACCUGGAAGCAGCAGCGGAAGUUGGGGCAAAUAAUCAUGCGGAAGCUGGGACUGGGGAAGAAAGGCAUGGAGCGCCAAAUAGAAGACGAGGCCUGCCAGCUUGUUGAGACUUUUGCACGUGCAAAGGGACAGCCCUUUGACCCUUCGCUACACAUCAAAAAUUCCGUCUGCAAUGUGAUUUGUGCUGUGGCUUUUGGAUACCGUUUUUCUAUUGAUGACGAAGAGUUUCUCAAGCUGUCGAAAGCCAUUACAACUGGUUUAAGAUUUAUAUCAAGCAUCUGUCAUGGUCUCUAUGAACUAUUUCCGUGGCUCAUGGACCAUCUACCAGGCCCUCACAACGAGGCAUUUUCAUGUCUGGAAUAUGUGGUUUCAUUUGCAAAAAAGGAGGUACAAAAACAUAAGGAACAUCAGACUGUGUACGAACCACAGGAUUUCAUUGAUUUCUAUUUACUUCAGACAGAGAAACAACAGAGGAAGAAGGACCCCAACUCUACUUAUGAUGAAGAGAACCUGGCUCAGUGUAUUUUUGACCUUUUUAUUGCCGGAACAAACACCACCACCAGUACUCUGCAAUGGGCAUUGCUCCUCAUGGCAACUCACCCAGAUAUCCAAGAGAAAGUCCACAAGGAGAUGGACGAGGUUUUGGGUUCCUCUCAAUCAUUCAGCUAUCAAGACCGGAAGAAGCUGCCGUACACCAAUGCUGUAAUUCAUGAGAUCCAGCGUGCCAAGUUUAUCUUUUUAUUUGGCAUCCCCAGACAAUGCACAAGGGAUGUGAACAUAUUGGGUUUUUUCAUUCCAAAGGGGACCUACGUUAUUCCAGAUCUUCGCUCCGUUCUUCUUGAUCCCAAGCAAUGGGAGACUCCUCAACAGUUCAACCCAAAUCAUUUUUUGGAUAAGGAUGGAAAUUUUGUGGCUAGAGAAGAAUUCCUGCCCUUUGGAGCUGGGUCCCGUGUGUGCUUGGGAGAGCAGAUGGCAAAGAUUGAGCUCUUCAUCUUCUUCACCAGCCUGCUGAGGGCAUUCACCUUUCAGUUGCCGCAAGAAAUGAAGGAACUCAGCAAAGAACCUAAAGUAGGGAUAGGAGUACAAACUUGUCUACAUAAGCUCUGCGCUGUUCCUCGUUACAAAGCUUCUUAAGA